CAUUGCUCAGAAUGUAUCCCUGUUGCUAAGUGACUCAUGGCUGUAUGAGGACAGUUUUAAAGCAAAGUCCGUUAUUGCUGUUAUUUUAAUUCCAGGUAAAUACUACAUAGCCACGAUGGCCCUGAUCACAGCUUCCACCGCCUUGACCAUCAUGGUGAUGAAUAUCCACUUCUGUGGUGCCGAGGCCCGGCCGGUGCCACACUGGGCCAGGGUGGUCAUCCUGAAAUACAUGUCCAGGGUCUUGUUUGUCUAUGAUGUGGGUGAAAGCUGCCUCAGCCCGCACCACAGUAGGGAGCAGGACAGCCUCACGAAAGUUUACAGCAAACUCCCAGAGUCUAACCUGAACACAGCCAGGAACAAAGACCUUUCCAGAAAGAAGGACAGGAAUAAACGCUUAAAGAAUGACCUGGGCUGCCAGGGUGAGAAUCCUCAGGAGGCCGAGAGUUAUUGUGCACAGUACAAAGUGCUGACGAGGAAUAUUGAGUACAUCGCCAAGUGCCUCAGAGACCACAAGGCCACCAAUUCCAAGGGGAGCGAAUGGAAGAAGGUGGCGAAAGUCAUAGACCGAUUCUUCAUGUGGAUUUUUUUCAUCAUGGUGUUUGUGAUGACUAUCUUGAUCAUAGCAAGAGCGGAUUAGUCACAGGUAUUGGCUUUGCUAUCUGGGGAGAAGUUAGUACAAUUCCCUGUGAUCUACUCCAGUGUUCUUCCAAGAUUUUUGUUCAUCUAUAAUUUAGGGAUUAUGUUGUCAUGCUUUUUAUUAUUAACUUGUCGAAAUAUAAUUUAGGGGUUAUGUUGUCUGUGCUUUUAUUAUUAACUUGAAAUCAAUGUUGAAGCUACCUGCCCUCUUAAAGAAGCAGGAGAUCUAAAAUUUCAAGGGUCGGGAGAUGGAAGAAAUAGGGAAAGACUCCUUUUAUAGCCCACCAGAGUGGUGGGUGACUGCCUCUAGUUUAUACAAUUAUUCAUCUCUUUAGCAGUGCAGGUAACAAAAUACACUUUACUGUUAAAAUUUAAAACAAAAGGCCGGGCAUGGUAGCGCAUGCCUGUAAUCCCAGCACUUUGGGAGGCUGAGA